UUGACUGCAAAGUUGGCAAACAAAAAUAAUUGUUUUCAGAAGACAGCUCCUCAUUUAGCCAAACUGCUGUGCCAUGUAGCAUUAGUUGAGGCCUGUAGAAGAAAGGUCUCUCUCCUCUUCUGUCCCGUGCUUCCGAUCAAAGCUGAGCUAUCCCAAACAUUAUUUGCUGAUAAAAUUCACAUUUGUAAUACCAGUGGCAACAGUGAAUAUUGGCAACAUUAGUGUUUCAGUGUAUUGCAUACAGUGGAACACUCAGCAGGCUUAGGUGUGACUGUUUCGUGGAGAUAUUUCCAGUAAUCAUGUCCGCAAAGACUGGCUUUUCCCCAAAGGCGAAGAGACGGAAGUAUUCUGAACCGCCAAAUGGCACAGAAUCUCCUUCGGGCAGCUCCUCAUCGAAAAGCUCAUCACAUGGUGCUUCUCCAGCUUCAAUCGCUGAGCAGCGCCAAUCUCUGCCUAUAUACAGUGGGCGCAAGCCGCUCAUCAAGGCAUUUCACCAACACAGGAGUAUGGUGGUUAUUGGAGAAACAGCCAGUGGAAAAACGACCCAAAUCCCUCAGUAUCUACACGAGUGUGGCUUGACGGCCCGCGGUGCCGUAGCAUGCACCCAGCCUCGCAGAAUAGCAGCAACCACUGUUGCACAGCGUGUUGCUGAUGAAAUGGGAGUGAAGCUUGGCGAAGAGGUCGGCUACAGCGUCCGGUUUGACGACUGCUCAACGUCGAAAACAAAGAUUCGGUUCAUGACUGAUGGUAUGCUGUUGCGAGAGGCAAUCGUCGACCCCCUCUUAAAACGCUAUUCAGUCAUUGUCCUGGAUGAAGCCCAUGAGCGGACACUUCACACCGAUAUACUGUUUGGCGUCAUUAAACAAGCACAGAAGCAGCGAGUCAAAAGCUCCCAUGCAUGUUUGAAGAUCAUUGUGAUGUCUGCAACUCUGGAUGCUGACCAAUUUUCGCUGUACUUUGACUCGGCACCCGUUCUCUACAUCCAAGGUCGCCAAUACCCCGUGCGGAUGCUAUAUACCGCUGAGCCACAGCAGAACUACUUACGCACUUGUGUUGUCACCGUUAUGCAGCUGCACCGGGAUCCCGAGAUUCAGGGAGACUUACUCAUGUUCCUCACUGGGCAGGACGAAAUCGAAACAAUGUGCCGCUUACUUGCUGAGUGUGUGGAAGAGUUGGAACGACAGAUGGCGGCUGGUGAAUGUGAAGAGUAUGACAAGCUCAUCAUAUGUCCACUCUACGCUGCGCUACCACCCGCCGGGCAAGCUGUUGCCUUCGAGCCGACACCUGCCGGCAGCAGGAAAGUGAUUGUUUCAACGAACAUCGCCGAAACGUCGGUCACAAUACCUGGCAUCCGUCACGUUAUCGAUCCAGGAUUGGUCAAGCUAAAGGUAUUUGACCAGCGUGGUGGAAUGGAGGUGCUGCGCGUAACGCCCGUGUCCAAGGCGCAGGCUCGGCAGCGCUCUGGCAGAGCUGGCCGAGAGGCAAGUGGGCGAUGCUAUCGCUUAUUCACCGAAGAGUCUUUUGGAGAACUCGAGGAGUGCACCAUUCCAGAAGUUCGGCGAUGUAACUUGACGGGCGUUGUCUUGCAGCUGCUGGCACUCGGCAUCACGGAUAUUGUCAAUUUUGACUUCAUGGACCCGCCACCUAAAGAGUUCUUGAAACAUGCCCUGGAGACCUUGCUUGUUCUGUCGGCUGUCGCAAAGACUAUGAAGCUACAGCUUACCCCAAUGGGUGAGAACAUGGCACACUUCCCUCUGGACCCCAAACUGGCUAAGAUCAUUCUCAAGGCUUCCGAGUUUCAAUGCGGUGAUGAAAUUCUCACGAUCGUUGCAAUGCUGACGGUUGAGUCUGUACUCUACACACCACCCGGCCAGAGGGACUCGGCUGGCUCGGCAUGGAAGAAGUUUCAUUCUCCGGACGGCGAUCACCUGAUGCUUCUGUCUAUUUUCCGCGCAUACCGCAAAGUCCAGGGCAAUCGUGCUUGGUGUAGGGAGAACUUUGUGAAUGGCCGCAAUGUCAAGAAGGCGGUGGCAGUUCGUAAACAACUGCGUGAGCUGUGUGAGAGGCAAGGCAUUGAACUGAAGUCAUGCGGCCAGAAACUUGACGCAGUGAGGCAAUGUCUGACUCAUGGACUGUUCAUGAACACAGCUGAGCUGCAGCCCAGUGGGCAGUACUUGUCGACGCAGACACGCAAGCCAGUGUUCAUCCAUCCGUCUUCAUGCCUCUUCCACGCCAAGCCAGCACCCCCUUUCCUUCUGUAUAGUGAGCUUGUCCUGACGACCAAGAACUAUAUGAGAAAUGUGUGUAUCAUCGACAAGGCCUGGUUGAAGGAAGCCUGCCCCUUGCUGUUCUCAUGAAAAGCGAGCGUGCACCUGCACUAGUGUCACUGAAGCUAGUCCUUCUGCGGGAGCUGAUCAUGUGCGGUGUUGGGCCUUGUGACGCUGCACAGCUGGUGUAACUACCGCCGAAUGAGUGCACCGACAGCAACGCAGAGGUUUACAGUACGGUGGCCUAGUGCGGUGAUUCUUCAUAGCCUUUGACUGCGGCUUGGUUCCUGACAGUAUUAUAUUACUGUACAUAGCAGACUCAACAGUGGACAUUCAGGUUUGCUGUAACUACGAGUUGAGUUGAUUAGCACAAGGCGAUCAUCCUGAUGAUCUGAUAAUACUGUACAUAUUCCUGAAUGACACUUGUAAAUAUCAGUAUGUUCUGACUCCUGUCCUAUGUGCUGUAUCUGUACAGUAUGUUGUAGAUAGUAGACGUAUUAGUAGUAUCAAGAGUCCAUAAUCCCCAUGGACUCUUGGUAGUGUACACUAGUGGUUGACUUACCGCCUGACAAUGUGGCGUGUUCAGUGAGCCUGUUGACGCCACUCUGCUGCAUUUAGACCACAUGCAUGAUGUGCUUUUGUUCAUUGCUUUCUUUGUACAUUUUGUAAAUAGUGUAUGGCUAUCUGGGUGUGCCUGCCUGAUAAUAACAUGCUGGCUCGGUUCUCGUUUAUCAAUGUACAUUAUAGUUCAACAGUUUGCCAUCUUGUCCCUGUACUAUUUGGGGUUUCUUCCAACAGUAACGUUGUCUUUCUUUAUAUGGUACGACUGCCUGGCCUUGUGUUAUGUGAUGUUUCUCAAUCCCCGGCCCUGGCAAUGUGAUUAUGUACAUUGAACUACAUUCAUUCUUGACUUAUUUAUACCAACUGUGGUGAACAGUCUUAACAA